CGCGGAUCACAGGAGCUCAGACGAUUACAUCAUUUUUAUCCAGCAUGAUUGGCUGAAGGUCAAGUCAUUGGCAGACCAUCACGUCCUACCGAAUGCCAUAACAAACCUUGCACCUAGCGAUAUUUUAACGUAGACGAAAUCUAAAUCGUAAAAAGAAAAUAUUUUCUGUUGCUCGUUUUGAGAAUGGCCGAGAGUGAGGCAGACACGCCAAGCACCCCGAUUGAGUUUGAGAGCAAAUAUUUCGAGUUUGAUGGAGUCCGACUCCCACCCUUCUGCAGAGGGAAGAUGGAGGAGAUAGCCAACUUCUCCCUCAGAAGUAGUGAUAUAUGGAUUGUCACCUAUCCAAAGUCAGGCACUAGUCUGUUACAGGAGGUAGUCUAUUUAGUAAGCCAAGGGGCAGAUCCGGAUGAGAUUGGCCUUAUGAAUAUUGAUGAGCAGCUGCCUGUUCUGGAGUACCCCCAACCUGGACUGGACAUCAUACAGGAACUGACUUCUCCUCGGCUAAUCAAGAGCCACUUGCCAUAUCGCUUCCUUCCCACAGCUAUGCACAAUGGGGAGUCCAAGGUGAUUUAUAUGGCCAGGAACCCUAAGGACCUGGUGGUGUCCUACUACCAGUUCCACCGAUCCCUCAGGACCAUGAGCUACCGCGGAACCUUCCAGGAGUUCUGCCGCCGCUUCAUGAAUGACAAACUGGGAUAUGGCUCCUGGUUUGAGCAUGUGCAGGAGUUCUGGGAGCAUCGCAUUGACUCCAAUGUCCUCUUCCUAAAAUAUGAAGACAUGUACAAGGACCUGGGGACAUUGGUGAAGCAGCUGGUCAGGUUCCUUGGGGUGUCCUGUGACAAAGCCCAGCUGGAGGGAAUGGUGGAGAGCUGUAAUCAGCUUAUAGAGCAGUGCUGCAACUCAGAGGCCCUCUCCAUCUGCAGGGGUCGUGUGGGGCUGUGGAAAGACAUCUUCACAGUGUCAAUGAAUGACAAGUUUGAUGCUGUUUAUAGACAGAAGAUGGGCAAGUCCGAUCUGACCUUUGACUUCAGCCUGUGAGGACGAACAGAACCCUUCCUCAUUCCGUAUUGAGACUACAUAUUCCACAGUCCUCUGCCUCUAUUCCCCACUCACCUAUCAAUGAUCAAUCAAUCAGAAUCUCCACUGAUUAAUCUGUCAAUGGAGCCUCCUACACACUGCUUCUAUUCACAACCCUCUAACAGGUAAUCAAUCCAAUAAAUCAAUCGAUCAUUAUCACCUAAAUCUAUAAUACAUUCACUUCAUCACUCACCUGUUAACAUUGUCAGUCAAAAUUACAAUGAUUGAUAAAUUGUUAUCAGCCAACUUGUUUGAUUAUCAGUGAAAACUUACAGUAGUCCAUCUGUGGCCCAAACCUCUUCCCGCCAUCCUAGUCUUGAAUGUCGCAAAGAGGAAAUGCAUAGAAUUCUAAUGUGGCGUAGCCAAUAGAGAAUGCGAAGUUACGUCACUGUAAGUUAACAAUAUGUCAUGCCGUGUUGCCAUAGACUUAUGUCUAUACAGUAGACCAACCAAGCCUGCUCUUUAAAGAUGGCAUCCCCAUAAAUUUCUAUGGAAAGUGCGCAGUAAGGCAAGCGAGAGCGCGAAAUGGACCGCGCCAUCUUUCCAGUUCCAGGUAGUUCAGUCUUUCGCAGAACAGUGGCUUGUACACGCUUGCAACUAGCUGUACACGUCAUUCAUUUACAACCAGUCACGAGCGUGUGAGAGAGUUAGAAAACUGGCAGAAUGGGGUACAAGUCCGAUCAAGAAGCAGAUACAUCAUGUGAACUUUACAAAAAUCAAUGCUAUUAGUACUGUAUAGUAUUCCUUUCACUUUUUUUUUUUUUUACAUAGGCCUAUUGUAGAUAGAUCAUAGGCUACGUUCUACAUACGACUCAGACUCACCACAUAUACGUUGUUCUUUUUGCUUUGUGUUUUUAGUAUGACUGCUUAAGUAUUGUGUUGGAUUAA